UGCAGCACUCAUCAUCACCAGGCGCACACCGAGCUGUCACGCACGCUCGCUGCGUGGUUUUCCCGUCGUUUCUCGGCUCAACCCGCCUGGGGACAACCGGCCUGGUCUCGCUUGUGUGGAGAAAAGAGCCUGACGAGGAAGUCGUUGUUAUCUGCAGCUACAAGGAGAUACAAGAUGAAGCUGCGAGGAGGCUGGAUGUGGCCUCUCCUGCUUCUGUCCUCCCUGGUGGUGGCGGCUCACGAGAGCCAGCCCGGGGCCGAGCUCUCAGACGUCGAUGACGACAUGGGCCUGGACGAGGACGAAUUAAACGCUUUGAUGGCAGAGGAUGAGGAGGAAGCAACAGUGAUGGAUGAAGAGCAGUCUGAUGAGAAAGAUAAAGAGGAACCAGUGAAGACUGGAGCGGACGCCAAUGUCUCCUUCCAGGUAACAUACAAAACUCCUGUUCCCACCGGAGACGUCCAUCUUGCAGAGACCUUUGAUGAUGGAUCUUUGGACAGAUGGCAGGUGUCAAAAACCAUGAAGGAGGACGCAGAUGAAGACGUCGCCAAAUAUGACGGCAAGUGGGCCGUGGAGCAGCUGAAGGAGAACAAGGUUCCAGGAGACCAGGGCCUGGUGCUCAAGUCCCGGGCCAAACAUCACGCCAUCGCCGCCAUGCUGGACAAACCUUUCGUCUUCAAAGACGAACCUCUGGUUGUCCAGUAUGAGGUGAAUUUCCAGGACGGUAUCGACUGCGGCGGCGCGUACAUCAAACUGCUGUCAGACGCCGGAAAUCUCGACCUGGAGCAGUUCCACGACCGCACGCCCUACAGCAUCAUGUUUGGACCUGAUAAAUGCGGCGAAGACUACAAGCUGCACUUCAUCUUCCGCCACACGAACCCGCUGAACAAGGACGUGGAGGAGAAGCACGCCAAGAGGCCCGACGUCGACCUGAAGAAGUUCUACACCGACAAGAAAACUCACCUCUACACGCUGGUCCUGAACCCAGACAACAGCUACGAGAUGUUGAUCGACCAGUCCAGCGUGGGGCGCGGCAGCCUGCUGCAGGACGUGGUGCCUCCCGUCAACCCGCCCAAGGAGGUCGACGACCCGCACGACUCCAAGCCGGACGACUGGGACGAGAGGGCCAAGAUCCCCGACCCGGAGGCUGUGAAACCCGACGACUGGGAUGAAGAUGCCCCUGCUAAGAUCGAGGACCCUGAUACGGUGAAGCCGGAAGGCUGGCUGGAUGAUGAACCCGAGUUUAUCCCUGAUCCCAACGCUGAGAAACCGGAAGACUGGGAUGAGGAGAUGGACGGAGAGUGGGAGGCCCCGCAGAUUCCCAACCCGGCGUGCGAGACGGCUCCCGGCUGCGGGGAGUGGAAGAGUCCCAUGAUCAACAACCCUCAGUAUAAGGGCAAGUGGAAAGCUCCUCUGGUGGACAAUCCUAACUAUCAGGGAGUCUGGAGGCCCCGCAAGAUGGACAACCCCGACUACUUUGAGGACCUGCAGCCGUUCAGGAUGACGGCGUUCCGGGCUGUGGGGCUGGAGCUGUGGUCCAUGACCUCCGACAUCUACUUUGACAACUUCAUCAUCACGUCUCACAAGGAGGUGGCCGACCGCUGGGCCUCCGACAGCUGGGGGCUGAAGAAGCUGGUGGCCAGCGCCAACGAGCCGGGAGUCUUUGCUCAGCUGAUGAUGGCGGCAGAGGAGCGGCCGUGGCUUUGGGUCAUCUACAUCCUGACGGUGGGGCUGCCGGUGGGACUGGCUGUGCUGUUCUGCUGGCCAAAGAAAUCAGACGAGAUCGAGUACAAAAAGGUCAAUCUUCCCCAAGCUGAUAUCCAAGAGGAGGAUGAGGAAGAGGAGGAGGAGGAGGAGGAGGAAGCAGCAGCAGACGAGGAAGACAAAGCAACGGUUGCUACGGAAGUUACAGCAUCUGCAGCCAACGAUGCAGGUGAGGGGGAAAAAGGUGCAGGUGACAAUCUGCAGGCAGAUGAAGAAGAAGAGGACGACGAGGAGGAGGAGGAGGAGGAAGAAGAAGAAGAGGAAGAAGGAGAGGAGGAAGAGGAGGAAGGAGAGGAAGAAGGCAAAGCUUCAGAGAGAAUAAUAGAAGACGGGCUCCCGGAGGAGGCCGACGUCGCCGAGGAGAGCCACAAACAAGCCGUGAGGAAGAGGAGGGUACGGAAAGACUGAGGAGGCGGCGUUCCCCGCCCGCCCGCCGUCUUGUUUCUCCACCGCCGUGGGAGAGGUGGAGGGGCCUCCGCCUCCGCUGCUGCUCCCUCCUCCUCUAGUGGAACAGCAUGUAUUUCCUCCUGAAGCGCCCCGGCUGCUCCGCCCCGAGACUCCAGUCCCCCCAGGUUUGCCGUGUUGUCUCCUAGUGUGUGUCCUCCCUGUUGUCUACUCGUGCCGAUGAGCUCCCCGGAGAUGCAGUCAGCUCUCCACCCUCCUCCAUCUCAACCCGCUCCGCUUUUUUCAUGGUCCUCCUGUUUGAGAAGCUACUGUUGUCCUCCAUCCUUGCUCCUGUAAAACCUCGUCCCUGGUGUCGGCCUCCUCUCUGAACAUAAGCCGUAGUAGAAACCUGUCCGUGACGGCAGCAGAGCCUCCGCGCCGCCGUCCACGCCACCGCCGCCGCUGCUUCUUCUUCUUCUUCUUCUUCUGUCCCCCCGUCUUACAGCAUAUCACCUGGGCUGCAGCGGAAAGCGUUGGACUUUGAUCCCCGUGUCCUUGUUUGGAAGAACCCGUCUAAGGACGCAGUUUAAAGGCCUGUCCUGUUUGAAGUUGUCUGUGUUUCAAGAGCAGGAACGACGCUGAGCUCUGAGUGGCGGCUGAGCGAGACGCAGGAAACUUCCCCUAAAGAUUAGCGCUUCAGAAAUGGAUUUUCCUGUUUAGAUUUUAGCGACUUUGUAACGAGCACUGUUACUUUAACAUGUUUUUUUACUAGAAGUUUUAUCACGUGGAGAAGCACUGACCAUCUAUUUAUUGGUUUUUGUUGUUUUGUUUUUGUACGUAUGACCAGAGGUUUAAUAUAGACAUUUUUGACAGAUCUUAGGCAGUUUUGUGUGAUUAUACCAAUGAUGUGCUUACUUUAAGUCAAGCUCUGACACGUUAGCGCUCGUAGCAGAAAUGGGAACUACUUACUGCCUUGGUCGCCGGGAUUCUGCUGCUGGACGCCAGCGUGAACGUCUGGACGAGCUGGAGCUCAGAUCCUUGUUUGCCGCCUCGGGAAAAAACCUUUAUGCUGACUUGUUUUCUUUCUCUCGUCUCAAGCCUUCGUAGGCCGCCUUCGCCAGGCGCCGGCAGAUUUCCCCGUUUACAUUUGUUUGCGAGUUGUACAUUGCUCUUGAAAUUAAAACUAUUUAAUACAAAAACA